AUUGUGCCUCUUCGCUACCCAACCGCGUCCGAUUUCGUACCUGUCGCGGGUUUAACAAGUUUGUUCGGAUUAAGCCAGCUAAUUCAAAAGUAUUUCGCCGGAUUCCAGUGAUUGCGUAGCCACAAUCAACCUAUUCUAGCCCUUGGUGGAUCACAAUGGAUCCGUCGGAUCCCGAUUUCAAGUACCUCGGUGUGGAUCGGAAGGAGAUUUUGAAAGAGCAGAGCAGUUUCGAUGCCAAAAAUGUGAUUUGGGUUGAAGAUGAAAAGGACGGAUAUGUCCUGGCCGAUAUCGUCCAAACAAGUGGAGAUACCAUCACCGUAAAAAUGAAGGAUGGAACGGAGAAAAAGGUGAAGAAGGACGAUGCACAGCAAGUCAAUCCGCCGAAAUUCUUCCUCAUUGAAGAUAUGGCCAACUUGACACAUUUGAACGAUGCGUCAGUGCUAGAGAACUUGCGAGCUCGAUAUUACAGACAGCUGAUCUAUACAUAUUCUGGGUUGUUCUGCGUCGCAGUCAACCCGUACAAACGAUUUCCGAUAUACACCGCCUCUGUGGCCAUGAAGUACAAGGGGAAAAGAAGAAGCGAAAUGCCUCCCCACAUCUUUUCCAUCUCAGAUAACGCCUACCACAACAUGCUCCAGGACCGCGAGAACCAAUCUAUUUUGAUCACCGGAGAGAGUGGUGCCGGCAAAACAGAGAACACGAAAAAAGUCAUUGCGUACUUCGCUAUUGUGGCCGCCGCGACCAAGAAAGAAGAUGAUGACCCAAAGAAAGGCACAUUGGAAGACCAAAUUGUCCAAGCUAACCCAGUACUGGAAGCCUACGGUAACGCCAAGACCACACGGAACAACAAUUCCUCCAGAUUCGGAAAAUUCAUUAGGAUUCAUUUCGGGACGACGGGAAAAAUCGCAGGAGCCGAUAUCGAGCAUUAUCUGCUGGAAAAGUCCCGGGUUGUGUCACAAAUGAAGGGUGAACGUAAUUACCACAUAUUCUAUCAACUUUUGAGCAGUUAUGGACAGAAAUAUCAUGACAAACUACUGGUUCAGAGCGACCCCGGUCUCUACUCCUUCAUCAAUCAAGGUGAACUGACAAUCGAUGGUGUGGACGAUAGCGAGGAAAUGAAGCUUUGCGACGAAGCCUUCGAAAUUUUGGGCUUCUCCGAGGAGGAAAAGAUGUCACUGUUCAAAUGCACCACCUCCAUUUGUAAUAUGGGUGAAAUGAAAUUCAAACAACGACCGCGUGAAGAACAAGCCGAAGCGGACGGAACCGCUGAAUGCGAGAAGGUGGCUUUCUUGCUGGGCGUAAAUGCAAAAGAUUUGAUGACCUCUUUCCUAAAGCCCAAAGUCAAGGUGGGCACGGAGUUUGUCACGAAGGGUCAGAAUUUGAGCCAGGUAACAUACGCCGUGAGUGCACUCGCGAAAUCACUAUACAACCGCAUGUUCGGGUGGUUAGUAGCCCGCGUUAACAAAACCCUGGACACCAAGGUGAAGCGACAGUUCUUCAUCGGUGUUCUGGAUAUCGCUGGGUUCGAAAUAUUCGUGGAAAAUGGUUUCGAACAAAUCUGCAUCAAUUACACCAACGAGCGAUUGCAGCAAUUCUUCAACCAUCACAUGUUUGUGCUGGAGCAAGAAGAGUACAAACGUGAGAAAAUCGAGUGGACAUUCAUCGAUUUCGGUAUGGACUUACAGGCCUGUAUCGAUCUGAUCGAGAAACCCAUGGGUAUACUCUCCAUUCUGGAAGAAGAGUGUAUCGUCCCCAAGGCUACUGAUCAAACGUUCCUAGCGAAACUGUACGACAAUCACUUGGGGAAAAGCCCGAACUUCACGAAGCCGAAACCCCCAAAAGCCGGACAUAAAGAAGCACAUUUUGAGUUGCAUCACUACGCUGGAUCGGUACCUUACAUCAUUACCGGUUGGUUAGAAAAGAACAAGGACCCCCUGAACGAAACUGUGGUCACUUUGCUCGGUGGUAGUAAGGAUGUCUUAGUGACGCAGCUAUUCCAACCAGUUGUGGCUGAUGGAGGGAAAAAAUCGAAGGGUGGAUCCUUCCUCACCGUAUCGUUUAUGCACAGGGAAUCACUGAACAAGCUGAUGAAAAACUUGAACAGCACCAGCCCUCAUUUCAUUCGUUGCAUUGUACCCAACGAAUUCAAGCAACCUGGUGUCAUCGACGCUCAUCUUGUAUUGCAUCAGUUACACUGCAAUGGUGUACUGGAAGGUAUUCGAAUCUGUCGGAAGGGAUUCCCCAACAGAAUGAUCUACUCCGAGUUCAAGCAACGUUACUCCAUCUUGGCCCCAAGCGCAAUCCCCGAAGGCUUUGUCGAUGGUCGACAAGUCACGGAGAAGUUGCUGGAGGCCACACAACUCGACAAAGCUCUGUACCAGUGCGGCAACACCAAGGUGUUCUUCAAGGCCGGUACGCUGGCUAGUCUGGAAGACAUGCGCGACGAGAAGUUGUCUGCCAUCAUCAGUCUGUUCCAAGCCGAAAUCCGGGGCUACCUGAUGAGAAAGCAGUAUCGAAAACUACAAGACCAAAGGGUUGCAUUAACACUGAUCCAGCGCAACAUUCGCAAAUAUCUGAUGCUGCGUAAUUGGCCGUGGUGGCGACUCUACACAAAAGUGAAGCCUAUGCUAAACAUUGCUCGCCAAGAAGAAGAAAUGAAAAAAGCGGCCGAAGAAUUGGCUAAACUGAAGGAAGAUUAUGAGAAGUUGGAGAAGCUAAAGAAGGAACUAGAGGAACAGAAUGUAACCGUGCUCCAGCAGAAAAACGAUCUGUUCCUGCAGCUUCAGACAGAACAAGAUAGUCUAGCAGAGGCGGAGGAGAAAAUCUCCAACCUGGUUCUUCAGCGUGGCGAUAUGGAAACAAGAAUUAAAGAACUAGAAGAACGUUUGGCUGAUGAAGAGGAUGCCACUGCGAAUCUAAAUGAGAUGAAAAAGAAACUUAACGCAGAGAUCGAGGAACUGAAGAAAGAUGUCGAAGAUUUGGAGUCGUCCUUGCAGAAAGCCGAGCAGGAGAAACAGACGAAGGAUAACCAAAUCCGAACUUUGCAGGGUGAAAUCGCCCAACAGGACGAGGCAAUUGCAAAGUUGAACAAAGAGAAAAAGGCUCUUGACGAGCAGAACAAACGCACGCAGGAAGCCCUUCAGGCCGAAGAGGACAAGGUUAACCAUCUCAACAAACUCAAAGCCAAAUUGGAAUCCACUCUAGAUGAAAUGGAAGAGAACCUGGCUCGAGAGCAAAAGAUUCGUGGUGAUGUGGAGAAAGCUAAGCGAAAACUCGAAGGUGACUUAAAGGCAACACAGGAGACAGUGGAUGACUUGGAGCGUGUCAAGCGGGACCUCGAAGAGCAGUUACGACGCAAAGAGACAGAAAUCGGAGGACUUCACAGCAAGUUCGAGGAUGAGCAGGGUAUUAUCGCGCAGUUACAGCGCAAGAUUAAGGAGUUGCAAACCCGAAUUCAGGAACUGGAGGAAGAUCUGGAGGCAGAACGUGCAGCCCGGUCGAAGGCUGAGAAGGCUCGUCAGCAGGUCGAAGCCGAAUUAGAAGAGGUGGUUGAUCGCUUGGAGGAACAAGAUGGUGUGACAGCCGCCCAAAUGGAUCUGACCAAGAAACGUGAAAACGAAUUGAUGAAGUUGAAGCGCGAUUUGGAAGAUGCCCGCAUCCAGAACGAGCAGGCCAUUGCGGCUAUGCGGAAAAAGCAGAGCGAUGCUGUCAAUGAAAUGGCUGAUCAAUUGGACCAAGCAAACAAAGCGAAAGCCAAAGCCGAAAAGGAACGCAGCCAAUACAAAGCCGAGGUAGACGAUCUUCACAGUCAGUUGGAUGGAGCCACCAAGGCCAAGAUGAAUUUGGAGAAGAAUAUCAAAGCGCUGGAAUCGCAGCUGUCCGAAGUGACGGCCAAAUUGGAUGAAUCUCUCCAACAGGUCAAUGAGCAGGCAUCGUUCAAGGCGCGCAGUAGUCAAGAGAACACCGAAUUGCAACGACAACUGGAAGAGGCCGAAUCGUUGAUCAGCCAGCUAACCAAAGUCAAACAACAACUGUCUGCUCAGUUGGAAGAGGCUAGACACAGCUUGGAAGAUGAGAGCAGGAUGAAGGCAAAACUGAAUUCCGAAGUGCGUAACUUGACCAGCGAUCUGGAUUCGUUGCGUGAGUCAUUAGAGGAAGAGCAGUCCGGUAAGGCAGAUCUACAACGGCAGCUGCAGAAAAUGCAGGGCGAACUACAGCAGCUUCGUAGCCGUGGUGGUGGUGGCGGUGAUGUCCGCUCAGAAGAGAUGGAUGAGUUAAAGAGGCGCAUGACCGCCAAAAUCCAAGAACUGGAGUCUGAAUGCGAGGCGGCCAAAUCUAAGUGUGGCCAGUUGGAGAAAACCAAAGCACGACUUCAGGGUGAGCUGGAAGAUCUCAUGGUUGAUGUCGAACGCGCAAACGGUAUGGCCAGUCAGCUGGAGCGCAAACAAGCCAACUUCAACCGAACUCUGGCCGAGUGGCAGAAGAAAUAUGCCGAUGCCCAGGCCGAACUAGAGAACGCUCAACGAGAUUCGCGAACUCAGUCGACCGAAAUGUUCCGACUGAAGGCUCAGUUGGAAGAAGCACAUGAGCAGAUCGAAGCUGUUAGACGUGAGAACAAGAAUUUGAGUGAUGAGAUCCAUGACCUCACUGAGCAAUUGGGUGAAGGUGGCAGAUCCGUGCACGAGAUCGACAAAACACGUCGGCGGUUGGAAAUGGAAAAGGAGGAAUUACAGUCCGCUUUGGAAGAAGCUGAGAGUGCGUUGGAACAGGAAGAAGCGAAGCUGCAGCGUGCUCAGCUAGAAAUGGCCCAAGUCCGACAAGAAAUCGAUCGGCGGUUGGCUGAGAAAGAAGAAGAGUUUGAAGCCACUCGCAAGAACCACCAGCGUGCAAUGGAAUCGCAGCAAGCCAGCCUGGAGGCGGAGGCUAAAGGCAAGGCUGAAGCACUUCGCGUCAAGAAGAAGUUGGAACAAGACAUAAACGAACUGGAAGUGAGUUUGGACAACGCGAACCGGAACCGAGCUGAGCAAGAAAAGAAUGUAAAGAAGUUGCAACAACAAGUCCGUGAAGUCCAGUCUCAGUUGGAAGACGAACAACGGCAGAGGGAUGACUUGCGAGAACAAUUCCAAGCCGCUGACCGACGUUCCAUGAUGCUUGCCGGUGAAAUCGAUGAGAUGCGUACUGCACUGGAACAGGCGGAACGUGGUCGUAAGAUGGCUGAAGCAGAGCGCGCAGAAGCCGCCGAUCGAGCUACGGAACUUUCGACACAGAACGCCUCGCUCGCCGCUCAAAAACGCAAACUUGAGGCCGAUCUGGCUGCAAUGCAAGCUGACCUGGAAGAAGCUGCCAAUGAAGCCAAGCAGGCAGAUGAGCGAGCCAAGAAGGCAAUGGCGGACAGCGCUCGAGUAUUUGAGGAGAUUCGCCAAGAACAAGAGCACACACAACACGUAGAAAAGGCAAGAAAGCAACUGGAACAGCAAGUGAAAGAAUUACAAGUGCGUCUGGAGGAGAGUGAGUCUGGAGCGAUGAAGAAUGGUCGUAAAGCGGUCGGUAAACUAGAGCAGCGCGUCCGUGAACUUGAGACCGAACUAGAGGCGGAGCAAAGACGACACGGCGAAACUCAGAAGAAUCUGCGCAAGGUUGAUCGACGUAUGAAGGAGAUCAGCAUGCAGAGCGAAGAAGACAAAAAGAAUCACGACCGCAUGCAAGAGUUGGUGGAGAAACUGCAAGGUAAAAUAAAAACCUACAAGCGUCAAGUGGAGGAGGCCGAGGAGAUUGCGGCCAUCAAUUUGGCUAAAUAUCGCAAGAUACAACAUGAGAUCGAAGAUGCCGAGGAGCGAGCUGACCAGGCCGAACAAGCGCUACAAAAACUCCGCGCCAAAAAUCGUUCCUCUGUUUCCACAGCCAGAGGCACUAGUGUUGCUCCCGCCGGUGGUGGCCCAGGCAAUCGCGUGCGCAAACCCACUGCAAGUGUUGCUCCGGAUGAAUAGUGAAAAAAAGGACAGUGUCGAAGCAUUGUUUCCCAUGCACUUAAUUCUCAAUCCCAUUCACACCAAUCCCACUCCCCGUUUCCGACAUGUGGUCGCCAGCGACUCUGGACCGCGCCAGCCCUCGCACUAUGUUUUCACCCAGCCACUCCUACUUCAGCAACUCCCAUCUACUACUGCUGCCGCUGUUACCGCUUCAAGAACCUUUGUCUCCCUUUGGUGUACGCCCGCAACCGUUGAUUUAUAGUCUAGGCGUAGUCCCAUUCGGUUUUGGUGCAAAAGAACCCUUUUCUCCAUAGACAUCAAACGAAGAGGCAUUACUGUGAAGCGAUCUCAUGUCAAACGGAUACCAGAAUAGGUUAUCCACCACGCCGACCUCUGCAACUGUGUUCGUGAAGCCCCAUUUGGCCGAUUAGUGACACUGCUGUAGAUACGGUUUGUAACGCCGUACAUAUUACACAAUUCCAUGCAUGAGAUCAUUCACUCCUUGGUACAAUCCCACACAGUGACAGCUACUUAGACCUUGUGCUCUCAACACCACAUCCGCACACGCACAUCCUUUUAUGAUCCCUCUAGUUUCGAACAAUGCACCCCUGUGUGCACUCAAGGGGUGAAUCUUUUCCACCCGAAUGGAUUGUGCCAGUUGGUCGAGAUGGAAUCUCCGCUUUUAACGCAGUCUCGCCCACACAUCCACUUUCGCCCCUGGCCAUUUGUAUUUUCGGUGACCUACUCACGCGACUUUUCGGUCAGUCAGUGGCAUGCAAUUUUGUCCUGCUCAACUAUGGACUCCUAGUGGUCUGUCCCGAAGUGGUCACGUUCAUUGUGUGCGUGUGCGUAUGUGCAUGUGAAUAUUAUGGUCCCCCAGACAUGCAUGUAUUAUCACCGACUUCGGUGUCCCCAUCCCACUAAUCUCGAUCUUCAUUCUAACAUUUUGUCCUACCUGUCAUUCGCCAAAUUUGUGGAACAGAAGCGCAAUUCUUUGAAUGACACACGACCUUAAGACAUUGGUUAU